AAUGCACAUAAUUUUAUUAUGACUUUGCCUGAUAAAUAUGAAACUCGAGUAGGUGAACGUGGAGCUACACUUUCAGGUGGACAAAAACAAAGAAUUGCCAUUGCUCGAGCAUUGAUUCGAGAUCCAAAGAUUUUACUUCUUGAUGAAGCUACUAGUGCACUUGAUAAUGAAAGUGAAAAAAUAGUUCAAGAAGCUUUAGAUCGUGCUGCUGAAGGUCGCACAACAUUAGUAAUUGCACAUCGUCUAUCGACAAUUCGUAAUGCUGAUAAAAUUAUUGUAAUGCAUAAAGGUAAUGUGGUCGAAGAAGGUGAUCAUGAAUCAUUGAUGCGUGCUCGUGGAACUUAUUUUGCACUUGUUGAACAACAAAAUUUACGUCGAGCAGAAGAAGAAGAACAAUUAGCUCUUGAGCAACGUGAGCGUAAUGGAUCGAUUGUCGCUCAUCCAAUGGAAGAAAUUCAAUUAAGCUUCGCAAGAAAACGUGCUUCAACUAUUAUUAGUAUAACAUCAUCAGUUAGGAAUGCAUUGUAUGGUAAAAGAAAGAAUUCAAAAACAGGUGAAAGUAUAAAUGAAGAAGAUAUUAAAGAAAAAAAACCUAAUGCUGCUCUUAAAAUGUUAAAAAUGAACAAAAAAGAAUGGAUAUUUAUAUUAAUUGGAUGUAUCUCAUGUCUAUGCAAUGGUGGUAUUCAACCAGCAUUUGGUGUUGUUCUAAGCAAGCUAACUGCGGUUUUUCAAGAAUGUGAUCCAGAAGUUCAAAAGAAUCGAGUUCUUCUCUAUAUACUCUUAUUUCUUGGUUUUGCUAUUAUAAUGUUAAUUACAAUGUUUCUUCAAGGUUUUUUAUUUGCUUGUUCAGGUGAAGCUCUAACGAAGAGAUUACGUUCUAAAACAUUUCAUACUAUUCUGCGUCAAGAAAUAGCUUAUUUUGAUAAUCCAAAUAAUAAUACAGGAGCAUUAUGUACACGUUUAGCAACUGAAGCAUCUGCUGUACAAGGAGCAACUGGUGUUCGUAUAGGACUAAUGUUACAAAAUUUUUCUUCACUUGGUGCUGGUAUUAUACUCGGUUUUGUGUUUUCUUGGCAAUUGACAUUGCUUAUUCUCGCUUUUGUUCCAUUUAUGGUUAUUGGAGGAUUUUUACAAAGUCGUUUAAUGACUGGAUUUGCUAGUAAAGAUAAAAAAUCAUUUGAAGAUGCUGGAAAGGUAACAGUUGAAUCUAUACAAAAUAUUCGAACAGUUGUACAAUUAACUAAAGAAGAUUAUUUUUACGAACAAUAUUGUUCAUUUCUUGAAAUACCUUAUCGAUCAUCUAUAAAACGAGCACAUCUCUUUGGUAUAUUCUUUGCAUUGACAAACUCGAUUAUGUUUUUUAGUUUAGCAGCACUAUUUAAAUUAGGUGCAUAUUUAGUGGAGGCCAAUAAGAUUUCAUUUGAAGCACUUUUAUUAUGUUUUAAUUGUAUUGUAUUUGGUGCACAAAGUGUUGGACAAACAGCAUCUAUGUCUCCGGAUUAUACUAAGGCCGUUGAUGCUGCUGAAAAGAUUUUAGAAUUAUUGAAUCGGAAACCAAUUAUUGAUAAUGGUUCACGUGAUGGUGAAAAAAUUCCUAACUUUCGUGGAGAAUUAGAAUUUGAUGGUGUUCAUUUCAUAUAUCCAAACAGACCAGAAUCAAUCAUUCUUAGAAAUCUCAAUCUCAAAAUCCAACCUGGUAUUCAAUCUUGUCUUUCAUUCAUUCAUUUAUAUCAAAUUUUUUUUUUCAUAGGUCAACAAGUUGCACUUGUUGGUACAUCUGGUUGUGGAAAAUCAACAACUAUUCAGUUAAUCGAACGUUUCUAUGAUACAAAUGUUGGCCUAUUGUUAGUUGAUUCAAAAGAUAUUCGAAGUCUUAAUCUUCAUUGGUAUCGAUCACAAAUUGGUAUUGUUUCACAAGAACCAGUUUUAUUUGAUAUGUCAAUACGAGAAAAUAUUGCUUAUGGUGAUAAUAGUCGAAGUGAUAUUCCAAUGGAUGAAAUUAUUAAAGCAGCUAAAAAUGCUAAUAUACAUGAUUUUAUUCAAAGGCUUCCAAAAGGAUACGAAACAAAUUGUGGUACAAAAGGAGCUCAAUUAUCAGGCGGAGAAAAACAACGCAUUGCAAUUGCUCGAGCAUUAAUUCGAGAUCCAAAAAUAUUAUUGUUUGAUGAAGCAACAAGUGCAUUGGACAGUGAAAAUGAAAGAAUAGUUCAAGAAGCAUUAGACCAUGCUCAACAAAAUCGAACAUCCAUUACGAUAGCACAUCGUUUAUCAACAGUUCAAAAUGCAGAUAUGAUCUGUGUUUUACAUAAUGGAGUAAUAGUUGAAAGUGGAACUCAUCAAGAAUUACUUGCCCUCGGCGGUCGUUAUUAUCGUCUAGCCCAUCAAAAGCUCGUAUAG